AUGAAGUACCUCAACAGAACCUGGGGUAUGGGACUGUACUUCAGGAAGAAGGGAGGGAAUGUCCUGGAAGUGGCAACAGAUGCCAGUUUUGCACCAGGUGGUGGUUUGUCGCAUGGCUCAGUGGUAGCAAGCAUGGGAGGUACGCCAGUGAUGUGGAGGUCCUCAAAACAGCCUUUCCCCUGUUUGUCUACCGCAGAGACUGAGCUGGUAGAAGCCAUCGAGGGAGUCAUAGUUGGAGACUCUUUAGCAUGCAUAGUGGAGGAGUUGGAAGGAAGAGUGGAUAAGCAGCUGGUAUGUGACAACAUGGCAGCCGUGGCUUUGUCCACCACGCGGACAGGAGCUUGGCGCACACGGCAUUUGAAAGUACGUGCGACACACCUCAAAUGGAGGGUGGAAGCUGGAGACUGGAAGAUGCACCAUCGACGGGGCACAGAGCUCGUCGCAGACAUGGGUACAAAGCUUCUUGGUGCCAACAAAACGAAGGAUCUGUCAAAGAAGAUGAAUCUGGAAUGGCUACCAGAUGUAGUAGCUUUCUCCAGAGCGAAGGAAGAAAGGAUUGAGAAAGAGGAAGAAAAAUUGGCAGAGGAACAGGACAGAGAACCAGCUGUGACGGUAUCCAAGAAGGUCUUUGCAGGAGAUAUGGAAAAGGUGGUAAAGAUCGCCACCCUCAUGGCGGUACUUCAGAAGGUAGAAAGAGUAUAUGCCAUGGACAAGAGUGAGACGGAAGAAGGAUCAGAAGUUUUGGCGGCAUUUGGCUUGUUGAUGAUGAUCCUUGGAGUGGUUUUGUACAAGUUGGUAGAAAGAAUGUGGAAGAUCUUUCAUGAGAAGAGAGAUCACGAGGAAUGCCAAGCUCGCGCCCUUACGCGCGACUCUCGCGCCCUUAUGCGCGACUCUCGCGGCCUUAUGCGCGACUCUCGCGGCCUUACGCGCGACUUUCGCGGCUUCAUGCGCGAUCGAGAACGUCACCAACUUCAUGUACGCGAAGAAGAAGAAGAGAUAAGUUGUGAAGAAGGAGAACAGACCACCGUGAAAGUGGCGACUCUGAGGAUGAGAAAAGCUCAAAAUAAAGGUUCCAAUGAAAAAAGACAGGAAGGAGGAAGCUCCGCUACCAGAAGCGACAGUCACACAACCGAGAAAGGCACGGAGGAACGACAUGACAAAAAGGGAGCACAGACAGAGAGGGAGCCCAGUCUGCUCGUCCUGGACGACGCUGUGGGAACCCUGGAGGAGAGGGAGCCCAGUCUGCGGGUCCGAGCGGAGCAGUGCCCACUCCUGGAUGGCGCUGUGGGAACCCUGGAGGAGAGGGAGCCCAGUCUGCGGGUCCGAGUGGUGCAAAGCCUAACCAAGGGGAGGGAGCUCGGUCUGCGCGUCCAGAUAGUGCAGAGAAGCCGAACCUGGUGGGGCCAAUCAUCACACCAAAUGGGAGGAGAUUCCAUAGAAGCAGUGGAUGCCCGACGUUGGCACAGUCUUGGAAAGGAAGAAAUCCGCUUUGUGGUGAAUGUGGCGACACCUACUUGGUGGCUGACGUGA